AUGGCUGAGUUCUUUGACCCUCAAGUUCGGGCUACUCGAUGUGCAAUCUUCGUUGUUCUCGCGGGGUUGCGCAUGGCCGACGGAGUCCGGUUCCCAGGCGUAGACCCACAGGAUAGUCUCUGCGGUCAUUUAGCUACUCCAUGUGCAAUCACCCCCGUCAAUGCUACGUGGGGUUUCCUAGCACUUAAUUUGUACAUGAGCGCAGAGCUGGUAAGGUGCACCAUACUGGGAAGCCCACAGGCCAUCAUGUACGAGCUAUUUUCUCGUGGUUUCCAUUCCCCUACUAUCCAGACUUUAUCAGCCCCAUAA